CGGCGGGCAGGGCGCCCACCUCAUCCUCAACACGGCGUGCAGCGUGGGAGGAGGUAAAGGAGCCCCCUACUUGCUGAAAACUUCCUCCUGUAAGAUGACUGGGGUCUUCGGGCUUCCCCAGCCCUCCCACGCCCGGCCACGGGGCAUUCAUUAAAGUGGUGCCGCAGCGAUUGCAGGUUCUGAGCUGCAGAGACCCGGGCGCCCCGCAGCGACGCUUCUCGGAGACAAACAGCUCCCCGUGCCCCCUAAUGUGCCCGGGACCGCGGCCGGCGCGGGCCUGGGGGCGGGCACGGCGAGCUCAGAGACUUUGCGCCACGAUGCUUUGUUUUCCUGCCGCAGAAACCCGAGGCGGUCUCUCUCCACCAGACUUAACCCGCCCGCAGCAAUAGCGAUGGAAGUGGCGGCAGCGCAGACCGACAGGGAACCGCUUGGCGCGGCGCCUUUUUUGGAUGCUUUUUCUCUACACAGGCCACUUCUUUCCUCCUUCCUGGGUGGCCAUUCCGGCAGCCGCGCCCCCCGUGUGUCAGCCCAAGGGUGCCACUAACGGCCACGCCCCGGCCCCACGCCUCUCCAUCUCCUCCCGGGCCACGGUGGUAGCCAGGAUGGAAGGCACCUCCCAGGGGGGCCUGCAGACCGUCAUGAAGUGGAAGACAGUGGUGGCCAUCUUCGUGGUCGUGGUGGUCUACCUCGUCACGGGCGGUCUCGUCUUCCGGGCGUUGGAGCAGCCCUUCGAGAGCAGCCAGAAGAACACCAUCGCCUUGGAGAAGGCGGAAUUCCUGCGGGAUCACGUCUGCGUGAGCCUCCAGGAGCUGGAGACCUUGAUCCAGCAUGCCCUUGAUGCUGACAACGCAGGCGUCAGUCCAAUAGGAAACUCUUCCAACAACAGCAGUCACUGGGACCUUGGAAGUGCCUUUUUCUUUGCUGGAACUGUCAUCACCACCAUAGGGUAUGGGAAUAUUGCUCCAAGCACCGAAGGAGGCAGAAUCUUUUGUAUUUUAUACGCCAUCUUUGGAAUCCCCCUCUUUGGCUUCUUACUGGCUGGAAUUGGAGACCAACUUGGAACCAUCUUUGGGAAGAGCAUUGUAAGGGUGGAGAAGAAGGUCUUUCGAAAAAAGCAAGUGAGUCAGACCAAGAUCCGGGUCAUCUCCACUCUCCUGUUCAUCUUGGCCGGCUGCGUGGUGUUCGUGACGAUCCCUGCCUUCAUUUUCAAGUACAUCGAGGGGUGGACAGCCUUGGAGUCCAUUUACUUUGUGGUGGUCACUCUCACCACGGUGGGCUUUGGUGAUUUUGUGGCAGGGGGAAACGCUGGCAUCAAUUACCGAGAGUGGUAUAAGCCCCUGGUGUGGUUUUGGAUCCUUGUUGGCCUUGCCUACUUUGCGGCUGUCCUCAGUAUGAUCGGAGACUGGCUACGGGUUCUAUCCAAAAAGACAAAAGAAGAGGUGGGUGAAAUCAAGGCCCAUGCGGCCGAGUGGAAGGCCAACGUGACGGCCGAGUUCCGCGAGACGCGGCGGCGGCUCAGCGUGGAGAUCCACGACAAGCUGCAGCGGGCGGCCACCAUCCGCAGCAUGGAGCGCCGGCGCCUGGGCCUGGACCAGAGGGCCCACUCGCUGGACAUGCUCUCCCCCGAGAAGCGCUCCAUGUUCGCCGCCCUGGACACGGGCCGUUUCAAGGCCUCGUCCCAGGAGAGCAUCAACAACCGGCCCAACAACCUGCGCCUUAAGGGGUCAGAGCAGCUGAACAAGCACGGGCAGGGGGCCUCCGAGGACAACAUCAUCAACAAGUUCGGGUCCACCUCCAGACUCACCAAGAGGAAAAACAAGGACAUCAAAAAGACCUUGCCCGAGGACGUCCAGAAAAUCUACAAGACCUUCCGGAAUUACUCCCUGGAUGAGGAGAAGAAGGAGGAGGAGACGGAGAAGAUGUGUAACUCGGACCACUCCAGCACCGCCAUGCUGACCGACUGCAUCCAGCAGGCCGGCGUGGAGAACGGAAUGGUCCCCACGAACACCAAAGACCGGGAACGCGAGAACAACGCGUUACUUGAGGACAGAAACUAGAUGCUGAGGACGCUGGGCUUGAGCGUUGUGUUUUUUAUAUUCACCUGGAGACACGUGCCUUAAACAGACUUCUUGUUAGUCCGAAAUUACAUAGCAUUGAAUAUAUUUCACUGUGCCAUAAACGACUGAGAACGUUUGCCCUGCCAAAAGGAAUCAAACAACGGGGACUUCACUUCCGAGAGUGACCCCAGGACACCCCGGGAGUGUUUGCGACCCGAAGAGGCCCCUGCCGCGAAGGUCAAGGACCCGGCUGCGUGGAUGCUCUGCGCCUGCGCAGCUCCACCCGGGCGUGGGGCGUGGAGAAGGGCAGCUAUUCCUUAGACCAGCCUUCGAAGAGGAACAGGUGUGUCUUUGAAGUGGAAUCUCAUUUCCUGAACUUAACAUUAGUGAUUUGUUCACACGCAGAGGGGGACCGGAUAAGGGGUGAACUGGCUACCAGAAAUAAGGUUCAGGUUGACAUUUUGGCAUGUUGCUCUGAGCUUGAAUUUUGAUACAAACCAUUCAGUGCAUACCUAGUCUUUCUAUGCUCCAGAUGAAUGUCCAUGGGACCUGAGAGCACCUGGAAUUUGUUGGAAGCAGAUCAGAGCACACGUAUUAAAAGGUGCAAUUGCUUUCUUCAUUACAAAAGAAAAAAAUCACAAACAUCACACUGUGGCUUUCACCUUAACCAAUGACAGAAGCCUACUGAGCUUUGUCUUUCUCACAGGGGUAGGUAGUCCAAAUGAACUUGAAAGCAUUGGUGAACACUCAACCUCAACUGCUGCAUGGUUAUGGGCAAAAAUCGUGCAUUUUCCUCGGUGGGUGCAAUGGUGAAAAUAAACUGAUUUUGAAACGUUCACGUUCACUUUUCUAGUGGAACUUCAGUUGUAACUUCUUUUGAGAAGAGGGGGAAAAAUACCAAAACUAUUGCCUUGCAUGAUGCCAGUGGCCUGCCAUUCUGUCUAGCUGAUCCUAAAUUUUUAUAAAAGUAGACAUCCUGCAUGUCUGAGACAUACCAAGGAGGACCAUGGCAUCAUUCCAUCUCAGGGCUUUUCGUCCCUUUGGGUGUCUUAGGGUAGACAUAGUUACAAGAUCCAGUUUUGCUAUCUCCAAACAAGAGGAAAAUUAGUCCCUCAACCAACCCUUGUACAAGAAGACUGAAUUGUUUUAAUUGCUUGCAGCUUAAGUGCCAUUAACUGCCAUUUAACAAAAUAAUAUUUAAAGAGAGUAUUUAAAAUAUUUUCACUUUUAUGUUUGGGAAUCCCUUUAUUUUGAAAGCAUCCCCUCUCUUCCUUGCUUGUUUCUUUCCCACCUGCUAGCCACUAAAAUUGGAAUACCAGUGUGAUUGUCUCAAGGCAAACAAUAGCCAAUAUGUGAUAAUUAUGAAUGUUCCAUGAGGUUAGGGCAUCCAGUGAAGGGAAGUGGGGGAUGGCUGGUCAUAGCUUUAGAGAGGAAGAUUUUAAGUGGAAUUUUAUCAGAAAGGGAAAAACAGGUACUAGACCAAUCAUCCUGCGCUUACCUCAGCCGUUUUCCUUACUGGUUGGCCAUUGUACCAGUGCACACUUAGCUAUUUUAGCCACAGACAGUCAUUUGGAUCUGGCAACACCAGGAAGUGGCUGGUUAUAGGCCUCCAGGAUCAGUGGCACCUUUUGGGGAUUUCACAUAAUGAAUACAGUGGAUUUAUCAAAAGAUCACAGGACUAGCGGAGACUUCCAGAAACUAACUAAUGCUUUCUGACUUGCAGAGAAAAAUAUAUCUUGCACAUCCUUGACCACUGGUACCAUGGCAGACUUCUUCCUGCCCACUUCCCCCAGAUGCACAACUUCCCUGGAGCACAGGCAGGCCUUUCCCUAUUGCCCCAUAUUUUUAGGCUCUAGUUAAUGUUCUGGCAUUGCUUUUGGGAAUCAGUUUUGAUGAGGCCCUUCUUGUCCAAGGAAGGUUUGGGUUAAGCCCUUCUUUGAGCUAGACCUGUGGCUAUGGGUAUAACAAUGGUUAUGUAGACACUGGUUCUUCAUAUGGAAAUCAUUCCAGCCUGACAAAAUGUGUUUUAAGAAAUUGGGAGAUAACUGGGACUUAAGCUCUUAUUCUGACAAGUUAAAGGCUUGCUGAUAAAGCUGUCCGUGGAUUUCAUUCAUUUGGGUUUCUACCCUCUAUUACUUGCUACCUUCUUUAAAGUAAUGUUAAAAUUUUGUCUGUUACAGCCGAAUCUGGCAAAGCAGCUUCCUGGUCAUUUAUCUAGUGGCUUCAGUGAGCCAGGCAUUAGAUUAGGCCCUUUAUGGACAUCAGCUCACUGACACCUCACAGAAACACUCUGAAGGAAGUGUUUGCAAACCAAUUAUACCGAUGAGGACAUGGAGGCUCAGGGAAGCUGAGUAACUUACCUAAUGGCACACAGCAAGAAAGGUGGUAGGGCUGGUAUUCAAAGGUUGUCUGACCAAAGUCUGCUUUCGACUUUGUUACCAUGUCCAUGUCAUGCCCCCCUGUGAGUGUGUGUGUGUGUUUGUCUGCCUGUGUGUCUUUCUAUUUUCAUGGACACAGCAUCCAGAGGUGGGGAGAAGAUCUCUACUACCAAGAGGGUAUGAGGUAUCUGUGCAAACAAUGCCUGAAGUUGCCCUGGCAGAAACUUACUGCACAUUAUUUUGGUUUUUGCUUAGCUUUCAUGAAUGCUGUAUGUGGCACCUUUUCUGUAGUGUUAAAAAUACCCUUUGAAAGCACUCUUUUGCACUUUACUUGCUUAUCUUCCAGGAACUCCAUGAACAGCAGGAAUAAAACAAUUCAAAGCACUGAGGUGCACACUACCAAAUGGAACGGUGUUGGUGUAUAUGCAUAGACGCUUCCCCAGACAAGUCAAAUCACAGUAACGUGGAGGGAUUGAGAAUAACCCUUCAUGGAGAGUGAGAAAAUCUCCAAUAUAACCUGUUCCCUGAGUACAGAUGGGGCCAAGGCCCUCAAAAAUAAAAUCAAAGAAGAACCCUCCCUCUGUGCAGACUGAUCUGUUAAAUAUGUGGGAAAGUGUUUGCCAAACCAUAACGUACCAUCCAAAGGAGAAGCUGAAAGGGCAUAAGUGGUGGGACUUCUCUCUGUGUGUACAGGCUAAGAUUUGGGGACAGGCCAGUUGUUUUGAAGUUGCUUGAAUGUUACCUUUUUUAGGAUGGGGACAAAUAGCUUGUAGACUUUGUGUGGACAAGGCCAAGCUGCUACAAAUUCUAAACAUGGUUCAGCACAGUCCUGCCCCAAUCACCUGCACUCCCCACCUGACCAUGAACUUGGAAGACACAUUUUGACUUUGCACAAGGAAGGAGUGGGAAGAGCACAUGUUCAGUAUCCUCAGUGGGCAGCCUCUUGUGCCUCACCUGGCAAUCAGAUACUGAAUUUUUCUCCCAUAACAGAUCUGGAGGCUUACAGAUGAUGGCCAAGAGACAAUUUGGAGAGAGUACAGCUCCAUACCCAGUCCUAACCUGAUAGUGGCUGUAAGAAUCUGUCACUUUUGGGGUGCAGCCUUAAGUGUGUGUAGGGAGCGGUGUCCCUGUCCUACAACUAAGGCGACUGGGACUACUUGUCUGUGCUCCUCCAGGCCCAGUGACUGUUAUGGGUACCUCAGUCCCUUUGCACAUCUCUGUUACCUCAUUAGCACAUCAAAGAUGUUGAACACAGGUAAUCAACAAGGACCUUUUUUUAGUUCUGUAGUUCUCCGACCAAACAUUCCCUGGUCCAUGAGUCAGUUAAAUUUAUUAAGAAUGAUAUUAGCUGGAUUUGUGAAUACCAACUAAUGGGUCUACUCAUUUUAGGCUAAGAUGAGAGCUUAGUUUCCUGUCCUUUGGGAUUUGUUUUCUGGGUGAUUGAUGGAGAGCAGAUGUAUUUGGGAGCCGGGUGUCCAAUUUAGGAUUGUGCCCUGUGUAGGCUCACUCCGUCCUCCUCAGAGCACACUGUCACCCAGAGGGCUCAUGCUGUGCAGGCAUUUUUUGCAUGGUGUUAAGAGUAUCUAAAGAAUUUUAAUCUUCAGUCAAUUGUAGUAAAGGUUCCCCUUGAUUGCUUCAUAAUUUCAGAUACUAUAGACAGAUCUCUCUCACUUAGACACAAACGUACACACCCACAUGCAUGUGCACACAUGCACACACACAUACACACACACACAGAGGAAGUGGCUGCUUUGAGUUCUAUGAGGACCAUUCCAUGUUGAAAGUCCUAGUUGUGCUAGACAUUAGCAAACCACCCCCUCGCCUCCCUCUGAGAUGAUGGCAUUUCCUGGUGGAGUCAAUGCUGCUCAUCUGUUUGUAUGCUUGACUUUGGAGAUUAGUGAGAAUGUGGCCAGAAUUUAGUUAGGUAGGGCAGGUGUUUACUCACAGGAUUGGUAAGAAUGUAGACCAUUCAUUGUUUGCCAUGGUUUCUAGACCAUGGGACAGGCAUAGGAAAACAAACAAACAUGCAGAGACUGUCUAGAGAAAGAGAAAAAAGGCCAGUAUUGCAUUUCAUGUCUCUGCUUUCUGCAUCCCGCAAAUGUUUCAAGUGGGGGUUAUUCUUUUGCACUCAUGAUGCAAUUGUGUGCAAAGACAGUGGCUACCUGAGCAGAGGCAACUUUUGGUGGUAGAGUGUAAAAGCUAGUUCGUAACGGCCUUAAAAAUUAAAAAUGGUAACUCUGAAACAAAGGUGACUUUAAUUUGGUGUUGUGGAUACUGUUAAUUCUGCGUAUGAAACUUUGGAAUAGCAUGCUGAUUUCAUGGUUGUAAAUAAAACCCUGCACUCUGUCCUUGCACGAUAAACCAGCUGCGUUGUACUUCACCAACCCACCCACAAUCCAUGUAAACCUCAGUCCAUCCAUGGCUGUCCCUAAGUCACAUGACAUCAGCUCAGGGGCAUUGAGGAGAAAUAAGAGGUAUCUCUGAUUUUACUGAAAGUGAUAGCAUUUUCACAGGUGCCUAAGAGAUUUGAAAUCUACUUUCGGUUAUUGGUUUUUAAGCGAAAAAUCUUAAAUAGUUCCCUGUGCAUUAAAACAAAAAUCCUUGUGAGGACUGCCGUUUCAUCAAUACAGCAGCCCUGUACUUCAAAGGAAACCCGGAACACCUCUGCUUUGCCAUCAGGGUGCCGAGCUAGAAGGGAGAAGGUGCAGUGGUGCCUCGAAGCGAUAUGCAAACCAACCCACAUGCCAGCCUCCGACCUCUUUCCCUGUCCCAGACUCACAGGCAGGGGACCCAGUGACGAUAAACCAUGUGUGGAGGUGUUUUACCUAUUUUUCUCUCUGUAGGAUUUCAUGGUGCUUUAAAAAAAGGCAUUUUACAGAAAAUAAUGCAGGGUGGGGGGAGGAGGGAAUUUCAUAAUUGUUCUUAGGAAAUAUACAAAAGCAAAUUUGCUUGUAACAUUUCAAUAAGCUGUGCUGCUAUUUGUCUUUAUUUGAUGUAAUUUUUUUUUUUCCAAUGAUGGAGAAAAUUGCAACAAAGACCUUCUGGAAGAUCCAAUCAAUGUCUCUCCUGUUUUCUUUUGUGGGGCCAAACCUAGUUCUUAGCGGCUGGGUUGGGAGCUACGCUCAAGACCGCAGGUCAUCUGGGGAGAGGCUUCUUGCCCGGCUGGGCACUCGUUUACACGCAUUCUUCAGGGCAGAGCCUAUGGAAACCCACUCUCCUACAGGUAGAGGAGCCCACAGCACCUAGAGAAGAGGAAUCUUAAACAGCCCAGGAUGGUUGUACUUUUACUUUCACCUCCUUAUUCUUAUUUGACCCUGCUUGCCUAUUGUUGGGGGUUGGACACACGAUGUCACAUCUUCUGGGUGAAACACUUGUA